CAGGGAUCGCAGCUUGAUUGUGCUUUGGGGCAGGGUAUCGGAUAACAGUUAAAUGAUGGAACCGCACCUGGCCAUACGCCCGCAGGGCUUCGAUAUUGAGCAACUGCGUCAGAUUGUGUCCCAAUCAUGCCUGAAGGAAAAAACCCAAUUUAUCCACACCAGCGACAAUGUGCUAGAGCUAAUUGAGGCCUUUGGCCAGCUGAUGUCGCGGGAGGAGAUCGAAUUCGGCGCCGAGCCGCUGGCCGCACUGCACGUGGCCGGCAUGAUGCUCUACAUGCUGCAUCACAACGAUCUGAGCAGCACCCAGGUGCAGCGCACCUUGUUCAUGCAGCGCUGCUUCGACUACAUGGCCUGCACCGAGGAGACGCAUGUGCAUGAGCUGUGCACCCAGAUCCUGUCGCUGCUGGAUAUCAACGAGUCGGACAAUAUGCUCAAUAUGAUCACCUGCUGCCGCAAUGCCAGCCCGUUGGGCACCAUGGCCCAGAUCGUGAGCACCUGCCUCCUCUGGGCUAUGCUCGACAAGCUGACCGAUCUGGGCUUCGAUACAUAUCGGCUGCGCGCCUAUCCCGAACUGAUGAUGGCCAUUGCCAUGGUCAAUCCGCUGGUCUAUUUGCAAAACUAUCUACACUCCCUGAAUCUGAUUGUGCGCGUGAUUGCCGCUCUGCUCGUUGCCGGACCCUAUGGCUCCACGGAGAAGCUGCGCAACGAGGUGGGCGUGCCGCAGGAUAUGCUCGAGUUUCCCAAUGCCGAUGCUGCCGUGCUCUUUCGCUGGCUCAACACCAUUGUCGAGGAGCUGCGCGAUGAGCUGCAGCUGCGCGACGGUCAUGUGCAGGAGCGCAUGAUUGUCCUGGAGACAUCCUGUGAGCUCAUGAAGCUGGUCCAUGUGCAUCUCGCCGAGUUCUAUCAGCGCCUCUACAGCAUUGCUGACUUUGAGGAUGAUGGCUUUGUGUCGGAUCAUCAGUGCGACAACGAUGAGGAUUUCGAAUGGUUGUUAUAAUUUUCCACAAAAAUUGAGGUUAUGUGCACGCCCUUGCAAUAAAUGAGCAUUAAUAUA